AUGUUUGAUUUUUUCGGUUGUUUAUACUUUACUAGCCCGAAAACCCAUUUGAUAAUAGUGAUGACUAUUCCUGGUAAAAAUGCUAAUCCAGUUUCACAGCAAGGCUCGAAAGAUAUUAAAAUAAUGACUCGAGUCGAGGAUCUUUUUGGUCUUCUGUCGCUGGUUCACAGGACCCAUGAUGAUAUUAAAGGCCUGGUUUCUGGUGCAAUUUUAUCGAAUUAUCAGCGUGAGCGUGUUGAAAGCAUCUGUGAACGUCUUUCAUGGGUUUCACUGGCAUACCUCUGGCGAAGAGACCAAAAAGAGCUUCUACUUGAUAUGGUUGGCGCUGGAGUGAUGGCAAAGAUUGUUAAGAUAGCUUCUUUUGGAUUGGAUGUGGAACGCGAUUUGGGUUGUUGGAUCGCUGACUUCGUUCCACGUGCAUUUUGCCUCGCAGAUGAUUCAAACUGUGCGCUGAAUCCCUGUGGUGAGGGUGGGGAGUUUGAGACAUUCACCUUUGAUUGCCCACUUUUUACUAAACGAAUCGUUCCACUUGAGGAGCCAAGAGUUGUCAUUCAUUCCAGUGAUCCCUUCGCAACCGUCGCCUAUCUUCGAUACACGGGUUUCCGGUUGGAGAGUAAAGAUCGGAUUAAUAUUUCUUCCUCUAGAGAGGCCCUGCUGAACAUUGCUAAGGAUAUUACUGUUGGGGGUGACGUUAUACAUAGACGUCCUUUUGUUUCCACUGAGGAUAGACUGACUGAUCUCAGCACUGCUGUGCCUUUGGAAAUUUCUCGAGAUAUACCAAAUACGGAAAGACGCGACUGCUUGUUUGGUGAUCAACCGCUGCUAACUCCCGUCGACAGUAGGCUUGGGAUUCUUAAUAUGCCUGGUGGGCUUCUAUCAACGGCUACGUGCAUAGGCGUAGAUUGUUCGACGGUAGAAACGGAGCUGCAUUUACGUCUUAAAAACGCAACCCAAAGCGCAUUUUCUAAAUUGGAGUUGCUCCUAAGCAAGUUAAACAUUUAUACUUUCCACCACUUACUUUGGCUAGGUAGAUUCGGUUUAAAUUUUGAUAGUGUGAUUCAUUGCCACCUGACCACAAGUGCUGAAAUCUCGGAUUCCAGUGUUCUUGGCUCAAUUGAUAAUUCAUUCAAGCAGAUUUUUGACAGUCCUUCCGCAAGACGUCGUCGCGUCGGAAACGCACCUCCGAGUCUAGUCUGUCUUUCAUCUCCGUGGCCCCUUGAAGUCCUUAAUCGGUUUACUAUUGUUGGGCAUUAUGGUACACGAUUGCUUUUGUUAUUUAAUUUACCUGCGUCCCCUUAUCAGACCCAAAAUAUAAUUUUUUUUACAGCUUUCACGCUUUUAAUGCAUUGCGCUUUUGGCAAAAUGGUUUAA